UCGCUGUUUAUAACUGGUCAAGGCUAACAAACGGGAGGUUGUUGAUCUGUUGUUUGGACCUGACAGCGACAGAAACAUGAAGUGUCAAGCCAUAUUUCCCGUUUUUGCGGUUCUUCUCGCCGUUGGGCUCGCUCAGAGAAUGGUCGGGGGCCGCGUAGACGCUGAUAUGAAUGAUGCCGCUGUACAGGACGCCCUGCAGUUCGCCGUGCUCAAACACAACGAAGGCAGCAACGACGCGUACCUCAGCCAAGUGGCGAGUAUGGUCCGUGUUCAGAAACAGGUUGUCUCUGGAGUCAAUUACUUCAUCACUGUGAGAAUGGCGAGGACCAACUGCACAAAGAACAACACAAAUGAAGUGUGUGCCAUCCACCAGGACCCUGCUUUGGCUCGGCCUUACACGUGCACAUUUACUGUGUGGAGUCAACCGUGGGUGGAUAAAAUGGUGCUGUUAAAACAGGAAUGCUAGUCACAGAAAGACAUGGAGGAUCGAAAGUGUUGUCAUUGUUUGCUGUGUAACCAUAGUCCAGAAAUGCAUACUCAAGUAUUAACAUCUUUUGAAAGCUUCAUUAUUUACUACUGCACUAACCUAUGCGGUAUGGCCAAAUAGAGCUCCAUACUGUACAUUUUACAUGAAAUUGUUUAUUAUGAACUACAUUCUGCCUAAUAGAAAUUAAAAAUAAAGCUGCUUAUGAACCUCAUUUAAUGCAUUUACAUUUUAUUUUGAUUUUGCUGACCUUCCACUGCUAAAUAAAGGUAUUAAAACAUA